UCUGCAAAGCAAUGCAAUGCACUAUAAAAUAGACCACUCGAGUGUUCUAAGUUCCUCACAGCAAGAAGCUAGCAAGCUCGACUAGUUCACUUCAGUCUUCACAACCCCCACAUUUCCCUACUCUUUUAAUCGUUUGUCUCCGGGCUCUGACUCGCAAUGGACACGAUAACAAGCAUGGUGGCCGAAAAGCCGGUGGUGAUCUUCAGCAAGAGCUCUUGUUGCAUGAGCCACACCAUCAAGACACUCAUAUCGAGCUACGGGGCAAACCCAACUGUGUAUGAGCUAGAUGAAAUGCCAAAUGGGCAGGCUAUUGAAAGGACACUAGUUCAGGAGCUGAGGUGCGAACCAAGUGUGCCAGCCGUUUUCAUAGGGCAACAGUUCGUUGGCGGAGCUGAAAAGGUCAUGAGCCUCCAAGUCAGAAACCAGCUUGUCCCAAUGCUCAUAAGGUCCAAUGCUAUUUGGGUUUGGAAUAGAACCUGAAUGACAUUCUCAUAUAUCUAUAACAUAUAUUAUACUAUAAAAUCCAGACCUACACUACUUAACAAAGCUCAAAUAACAGUUCUUCUAUUCCCUCUUAGCAUUUCUUGUUUCGGUUGGUAUCAUGAACGGGAGUCAGUACGAGGUCGAUAUAUACUCUAUAAAGCUAAGCUUUUUUCACCUUCUUUAUCUUGUACUAGUACUACCCUUGAUUUCCUCUUGUCGAAGUGGAUGAACUUGUAUGUCUUUAGUUCCUGUAAUCUCCCUUAACUAUAUUAUAUGCAUGUUUAAUAAAAGCAGAGAGCACUCAUAUACUUAA